GCGAAUGGUGUAUUGUGUACAUGAAUACACGUUGCACUUCAGUCACGUGACAAAGCUUUGUAGAACUGAUCGGCUCAUUCUAUAGAAAUAACUAGAAACACCAGCUGUAAAGGUCGUUAACAAUAGUCAAGAAUGGCUGACAAGAGUGUAAUUCUUGUCACAGGAGGAACUGGACUGGUUGGAAGUGCCAUUAAAUAUGUUGUAGAAAAUGGAGAAAAGCGAGCCAAUGAGGAGUGGGUUUUUGCCUGCUCAAAAGAUGGUGAUCUCAGUGAUACAGACUCAACCCGAGCAAUGUUUGAGAAGUACAAGCCAACCCACAUCAUACAUUUAGCUGCGAUGGUUGGGGGUCUUUUCAGAAACCUGAAAUACAACCUAGACUUCUUUAGAAUCAACAGCAAGAUUAACGACAAUGUGUUAGCCAUGAGCCAUGAGUUUAAAGUGAAGAAAGUUGUGUCGUGCCUUUCCACGUGUAUAUUUCCUGACAAAACCACAUAUCCAAUUGAUGAAACCAUGAUCCACAAUGGGCCCCCUCACAAUUCCAACUUCGGGUAUUCCUAUGCAAAGAGAAUGAUAGAUGUUUUGAACAAAGGGUAUAACAGUAUGCAUGGUUGUGAGUUCACCUCCGUUAUUCCGACCAAUGUGUACGGUCCCAAUGACAAUUUUGAUCUCGAAGAUGGUCAUGUACUACCAGGGCUUAUCAACAAAGCCUACUGUGCAGAGCGAGACGGUACAGAGUUUGUUAUCUGGGGUACUGGCGCGCCCCGUCGUCAGUUCAUCUACUCCCGAGACCUGGCUCGUCUCAUGAUCUGGGUGUUGAGAGAAUACAAGGAAAUUGACCCCAUUAUUCUGUCAGUGAGCGAAGCGGAGGAAGUGAGUAUAAAAGACGCAGCUAUGUCAGUUCUCAAGGCCUGCGACUUCAAGGGUAAAGUGACUUUCGACGCGAGCAAAUCGGAUGGGCAAUUCAAGAAGACAGCAUCCAACAAUAAACUCCGGAAAUAUCUCCCAGACUUUAAGUUUACACCAUUUGAUCAAGCAAUCAAGGAGACUGUUGACUGGUUUGUUCAGAACUAUGAGACCGCAAGAAAGUGAGCGAAAAUCGUGUACAGCAUCUUCAUGGAGUUCCAGUGCUUUUCUUACGCAGUUAUUAUUAAUUUAUUAUUUGAGUUAUUAAGUUAAUUAUGCCACGUUAUAUAAUGCUUAUUAAAAUUUUUGAGAACAAUCAACCGUACAUAUACCAAAUUUAAUAAUGGUGAUCACUUUUGCUGCGUUAUAAUAAUCACAACUUUUUAGUGUAAUUUUUGAAAGAACCUUUUAUUAUUAUAUGCCUUUACAUAUCUGACAAUGAAAAUACCAAAAAUAGUGCACAGUGCCUUUUUACCAGUUAUGGGAAAGACACCCUCACCCUUUUUGUGAGGAAAAAAGUGUGUAUGUUUUAGUUUUUGGGGAAAUUCUUAGUACUUUUUUAAACAUAUUGGGAAGAAAUAGAGUAAAAAUAUCAAUCAAGCUGUAAAUAUAUCGCUCAUAAACAUCAUUAAUUUUAAUGAAUCCUGGGAUUCUGAUUAUAUAUAAUAAAAAAGAAUAAAAAAUGAAAAUGUGGAAUUUCAAAUGCUAUUUUAGGGAAAAAAACAGGGUCUUGCCCUUGGGGAAGUAGCCGGGUAUUGUCUACUGCAUUGAAGGGUAAAAAUGCCCUGGUACCAUGUGUUAAGUGCUACCAUUUGAAUACUGCAAUUAUUCAAAAAAGAAAUCUAACUUUAAGGAUCCUGAUGUAUCAUGUAAAAAAAUACUUUAAUAAAUUGCUUUAUUUUGUUUAUAUUCAAGAACAUGCAAAAAUUCAAUGUAUGAUAGGAUGCUAUUCUGACGGUCUGUAUCACAUCUCAUUCAUGCAUCCAUCCAGACCACAGCACUUGUCAAUAUACACACCAAACUCGGCCACAGCACUUGUCAAGAUACACACCGAACUCGACCACAGCGCUUGUCAAGAUACACACAGAUGUUCAUGUUUACACACCAAACUCGACGUGACAAAGGAUGUCAGAAAAUCUACUAUUUACCGUAAAUCAUCAAAUUGUAGAAAAAUGUGGUGAUCUAGUUUAUUUUCUUAAAUACUUAAAAUAUGCAUACAUGUCUUACAAAGUAUUAUACAAUUGUUCUAUUUAAUACCAUUGCUUAGAAGUAUUAUAUUGUAAUUUUUUUUUUCAUGUUAUAUCAUUUUUCAAUUUGUGGGAAUUUUACCUUUCUAUUUUACUGUUAGUGGGUAUAUUUCUCAAAAUUCCUGUGGUAGUGAAUCUCUUCCUAUUUUAUUUUUUUUUUUCAUUUAAAUUUUAAUUUGCUCCUGUUCAUUUGGCAUAACAAAAAAAUUGUUGUUUUCCGGUUACCCAAUCUGCCCUAUUUUUUUCCCCAAAAAAAAGAUCAUAUCAAAUAAGGGAUUGAAAUUAGAAACACACAAUUUUUUUGUCGGCCUUUUUGCAUAAUAAUUAUUGUAGCAUUUAUAUAUAUAUAUAUAUAUACAUGUAUCCUGGUUUGCCUUUACAUGCAAUCAUACAUUUACAGCAUUUAUUGAUAUUGUUCAUUUAUGUGAAAUCGGAUGUGUAAUAAAUUGCGGGCUAACUCAA